AUGGCGCCCCUGAGAGUGCAAGAGCUCUGCAGAAUUGCUCCGCCACCGUCUUCAGCAAAGUCCUCCUUCUGUCUUACCUUCUUCGACUUGCUUUGGCUCAGACUUCAUCCUGUUGAGCGUCUCUUCUUCUUCUCUGUUCCUCACUUAAACCCCUCUUCCUUCUUCCAUUCCAUCGUUCCAAAGCUCAAGCGCUCCCUCUCUCUCACUCUGAAACAUUUUCUUCCUCUCGCCGGUAACAUCGUUUGGCCCUCCGACUCACCCAAACCCAUCGUUCUACACACUCCCGGAGAUGCCGUCUCUCUCGCCAUAGCUGUUUCUGAUUGUGAUUUCAACCAUGUCUUGGACAUAUCCCCUCGUGACGCCUCACAAUCUCGUGCUUUUGUUCCCAACUUGGAUUCUUCUGAUUCAUUUGCGUCGGCUAUUUCCCUGCAAAUCACUCUGUUUCCCUACAAAGGGUUUUGCGUAGGGAUGAGUUCACAUCAUGCCUGUUUAGAUGGCAAAUCAUCGACUAUGUUCAUGAAGGCCUGGGCUUAUCUAUGUCGAACAGAAGCAGAGAGUGAAUCUUCUGGUUUGCUUCCUCAAGAACUAGAACCAUUCUUAGACAGGGAAGUUAUCGUCGAUCCACGUGGCAUUGGAGUUGCAUACAUUAAUGGGUGGUCAGGUUUAGAUCCAACUCAGAAUCAGAAGAACCAGCCAUUAAGCUUGAAGAUUCUCUCCGGCAUGUUCCCGCCAUUGGUGGACGACUCUGCUCGAGCCAUAUUCGAGCUCAAACGUGGGGAUCUAAACAAGAUAAAAGAAAGGGUGUUGCAGAAAUGGGAAAAUCACGAAACCAAAGAAGAAAGAGAAGACUCAUCAAAACUUCCAAAGCCUCCAAUUUUGUCAACCUUUGUGCUUACAACUUCUUAUUUUCUAUUCUGCAUCGCAAAAGCCAUUGAAAGAAGUGAAACUAAGAGGAAGAAACUGUUAUUCUGUUUCUUUGCUGAUUGCAGAACAAGGUUAGAGCAUCCAAUCUCUGAAAACUAUUUUGGGAAUUGUGUGAUGUCUCAGAUAAUAGAAACACAGCCAGAAGACUUCACAGAUGAGGAUGGGGUUGUCAUCAUUGCCAAGAAAAUACUAAGAAAGAUAAGGAAAAUACAGAAAGAGAAAGGAGCGCUUGAUGGAGCAGAGACAUUGCUUUCUCGGCCUUCUUCGCAAUCUGCAGAAGGAAACGAAGUUCAGUACAUAGCCGUAGCCGGGUCGAGCCGGUUCGGGGUUUAUGAGACUGAUUUUGGAUGCGGAAGGCCGGAGAAGGUGGAGAUAGCUUCAGCAGAUAGAGGUAUAACAAUGGCGAUGGCAGAGAGUAAAGAUGGUGAUGGUGGGGUGGAAGUAGGACUUGUAUUGAAGAAGCAUGUGAUGGAUCAAUUUGCCUCCUUGUUUCCAGCAGUGCUUGUGUCUUUUUGAUUCCGGUCUGAGUUAAUGGUCAUGCACACGUUUCAUCUGUCUUUAAUUCAUUUUAUUUGUUACCUUGUAUGCUCGCUAGAGCAUUAAUUCUUUUUUCAUACUACUCCAUCUAAUCCUAUAUGAGCUUUACUUUUGAAGAGGAGUUUGGUACAAAAUAUAAACUUUGCUUUUUAGUUUGUUUGAGCAUUUAU